AUGACUCUGGAUUUGGAGGGGAUUAUUCAGUCCAUUAAGCAUGGGGAUCAGGAUGGGGUUCAGACCCAACUAGACGCCUACAAUGUUGAGUAUGCAGAAUGUUUUUUCUUCAACGUUGAAGAGAGAGAGAGGAGAAAGUUUGUGCUCUCCUUUGCUUUGGGAUCAAAACGACAACAGCAACAAGUGCUGGAUGAGUUCAGACAGAACAAAGUGAGGGAGUAUGUUCCAGACUCAGACUCAGACUCAGAUUUCAACUCUGACUCUGACUCUGAUCUUGUCCUUAGACGAAGGCUGGCUGCAGCGUUGGUGUGGUUCAUCCGUACCCACCUUCAGCCUGGAGUGUUACAAGUUUGUCUGCGCACGCUCCGCAUUCUCUCCCGUGACCGCCAGGGCUUGGCACCCCUAGUCACAGACACGGCUCUCAUUACCCUCGCCCAGCUGGGGGGAAUAAGCUCUCUGCCUGUCCUUGAUGGCCAGGAUGAACAAGAGAAUGACAAUUACCACUCAGAGGGACACAGCCAUUUAGUAGCUGCUGAAACCAGGAAAUCCACAGUUGAUGAGGUGAAGACUUGCGAGGUAGCCUCAGAGGCUUGCGAGGGAGCCACGGAGGCUUGCGAGGGAGCCACGGAGGCUUGCGAGACCUGCUCUGUAGUUGAAGUCUGCUCCAGUAUCACCACCAUGGAGAACCACAGUGAUAUGGCGGGUGCUGGCAUGAUGGUAUCCUGCAGUGAGCACCACUGCCCCAACGUUAGAGGGGAAGGAGGCCACGGGACUCUGGCAUGUGGAAAGAAGGAAGCCAGAGAAGAGAUAAAGGCGGAAGAGGAGUAUGAGGAGGAUGGCAAGGUGUGGAGAAGAGAGGCCAUAAAAACGUUAUGUAACAUUAUUUAUAACAGCCAGAGGGCGCAAGAUAGAGCCAGUGCAUUGAGGUUGCUUCCUGGUCUAUCAGAGAAGCUGAAGCUGGGGGUCAGUGACAGAGCACCCUCCUGUGGUCAAUUUUAUGAACUGCGUUUGCUCUUCUUGUUAACUGCGCUGAGACCCGAACUCAGGGUGCAGCUACGGCAGGAACGAGGAGUUUCCAUGUUGAUUGCGGUUCUGGAGCAAUGUCUAGUGGUGCAGUGGGCCGACUCUCACGAGGUGAUUAUUGACCACAGAGCGCCCCUUGUCUCCAAGAAAGUGUCACAGCGGGCAAUUGAAAUCCUCAAGAUCCUGUUCAACAUCACCGCUACCUUGCACAGACAGGACCCUGAUGAGGAGGAUGCUGCUCUCUAUCGCCGCUUAGCUGCAGUGCUACGCCAUUGCCUGCUUCUCUCUUGUGAUGGAGAGGACCUGACUGAGGAAUUACAAGGACACGCGGUAAACAUCCUCUCCACCCUGCCCCUGAGAUGUCUGGAUGUCCUGCUGUCUGUGCGCCUGUCUGAGGGCUCCCACGAGUGGGAAGGGGUCAACAUGGACUGUGUCCACAACCUCCUGCUCUUCUUGGAGAAGCGCCUGGACAGAGGUCAAAUGUUGAAGGAAAAACUGACCCCUGUGCUGAACUUGUUGACGGAGAGCUGCCGGGUCCACCAGGAGACGCGUCACUACCUCAAACAGCAGAUCUUACCCCCACUGAGGGACGUUGCCAUCAGACCAGAGCAGGAGUCAACGCUGAGAGGCCGUCUGGUCAGGCUGAUGACCAACGUGGACACCGCCAUCAAACACUGCGCCGCCGAACUUCUCUUUGUGCUUUGCAAGGAGAACGUGUCUCGUUUCGUGAAGUACACGGGAUACGGGAACGCCGCCGGUUUGCUGGCGGACCAUGGUAUGCUGGGCGGCAGUCGACCAUCAACCAACACCCAGUACUCAAGUGAUUCCGACUCAGAUACGGAGGAGUACAGAGAAGCCAAAGGUCGCAUCAACCCGGUGACGGGGCGGGUGGAGGAGGAGCAGCCGGACCCCAUGGAGGGAAUGACGGAGGAAGAGAAGGAGGAAGAGGCCCGGCUUCUCAUCAGCAUGUUCAACAGGCUCUCACAGGACAAGAUCAUCCAGCCAAUGGGAGUGAUAGCAGAGGGGAGAUUAGCUCCACUGUGUGGUCAGAUGUUGGGGUGCACUCUAGAGGAGGAGGAGGAAGCCGAGGGAGAGAGUGAUGAUGAAAUGGAGCACUAGGCAAGGAGGGUGAAAUGAGAGCAAUAAUAAAACCUACAAGAUCUUGUACACAGGAAAGACAGGAAGUGUUUUGUUUUGGCGAGAUCGCUUGUAUUUGUAUUAUAUAGCCCGUUGUGUCUAUUGUUAAAAAAGCACUUUACUUCUCUCGCUGUGUUUAAGAUAUGAAUCAGCUACCACUGAUUUGGCAGUAGCUUGAUAUGCAACAACACUUAUAAGCCAUGCAAACAAUAUUAAAUAUAUAGCUAGGUAGCUUCGAACUGGAAAACAACAAACACUUUUGCAGCUAAAUAAAUUGGCACAAGAUGUACUAUUUUAUUCUCACCAUGGCAACCAUAGCAUAUCUUUUCUCACAUGUGAUAAUCUCUCACAUGCUGGUGUAGUCUCAACCCUGAGUGAAUACCACCAAUUAUGUUCAAGGCUAUGUUAACAUUUUACAGGGGAAAUAAGAGAGAGGAAUGUAUUUUGCUUGACUAAUGUUUAAAAGCUCUUAUCAACUGUUUCAUCACUGUGUUAG